UGACGUCGUGACGUCACGGCUGUUCCGUAACGCGGCCAUGGUGGUGCCGCCGACUCGACUCGAGGCGGCUGACUGUAACGUGUGAGUGAGAGAGAGGAGAGAAGCUCAUUCUCGGCUCAGUCCCUCCCGCAUGGAGUUGCGAACCGAGCCGGUCGUGGCCAGUUUGGAGAUGUCGGAGCCGAAAAGCGGGACCUCGGAGGCGGAGGAGUAUGAGAGCCUGCCGCCUCACGCUUCCCUGGCGACGCACAUGACAGCGGGCGCCGUGGCGGGAGUGCUGGAGCACACGGUCAUGUACCCAGUGGACUCGGUCAAAACACGUAUGCAGAGUUUACAGCCAGACCCAAAGGCUCAGUAUCGGAGUGUGUAUGGAGCGCUGCAGAGGAUCGUUAGAACCGAGGGUCUCCUGCGGCCCCUAAGGGGUCUCAACAUCACUGUGCUGGGGGCCGGCCCUGCCCACGCCCUUUACUUCGCCUGCUAUGAGCGCAUCAAGCGCAGCCUCAGCGAUGUCAUUCAAAACGGAGGCAACAGCCACAUUGCCAAUGGGCUUGCAGGAAGUGUAGCGACUGUGCUCCAUGAUGCAGUUAUGAAUCCUGCUGAAGUGGUAAAGCAGCGCAUGCAGAUGUAUAACUCACCCUACCGAGGCCUCUGGGACUGCGUGCUGACGGUCAGUCGUAAGGAGGGCCUGGCUGCCUUCUACCGCAGCUACAGCACGCAGCUCACCAUGAACAUUCCCUUCCAGGCUGUGCACUUCAUCAGCUAUGAGUUCAUGCAGGAGCGGCUGAACCCUCAGCGGCAGUACUGGCCUGGGACUCAUAUCCUUUCGGGUGCGGCAGCCGGAGCUGUGUCUGCCGCGGUGACCACACCGCUGGAUGUUUGCAAAACCCUCCUGAACACACAGGAGAACGUGGCCCUCAGCUCGGCGCAUGUGAGUGGCCACCUCUCGGGCAUGGCCAACGCCUUCAGGACAGUCUACCGGUUGGGCGGACUGCCGGCCUUCUUCAAGGGCGUGAGGGCAAGGGUCAUCUACCAGAUGCCCUCCACAGCAAUUGCAUGGUCUGUCUAUGAGUUCUUCAAGUACUUCUUGACCCAGCACGAGCAGCACAGCUUGGAACUGUCGAGGGAGGCAGACAAGACUGGGCCAACAUGAGGCUAGGGCAAUGGUUCCUGAUCCUGGUCGUAGAGUACCCUGCCUUGCACCAACAUACUAGCCAAUCAGCUAAUUGAGCUGUCUGUGCUCCACCCACAAGUGCAUUUUAAUAGCUGUUGUAAGGUUGUGAGCUUUAUUUUUAGUUGACAGAAAUUCCCACGUUUAGGCAUAAAAUUAUGAUAAAUAUUUUGUUGAUUUUUUUUAAGUGCAAAUAUGUUAAAAAACCCUCUACAGAGAGCCUGAUUACUGUUUAUUUGCUGAAUUUAACACAUUGGGGAAAAAUAUAGCCAAAAAUGUGGUAUAAAAGUUAUGGGUCAUCUUAUAUUUUAUGUUUCAUUUUUUGGUACCACUUUAAAAUAAGAUUACCCUUAUAAAGCGUUCAUUAAUGGUUUAAAAUGAGUUUAUUAAUGGUUAUGAAUUAGGCCAUAAAGACCUUAAUCAUUUAAUAAGCAGUUACAACACACAAAUAAAAAGGUUCAAAAGUGACCUGUUGUUUGCCUAACAGUGAACAUUCAUUCAUUUAUGCAUCUUUUUUUUUUUUUUCCUCCCCAAUUUAGUCGUCUCUAAUUCCGCCCGGUAGUUAGCCCCCCCCCCCCUCUCAAUGCUAGAAGGGCAAAUGCCAGCACAGGCUUCCUCUGUGAAGCACCACUGCAUCUUUUCAAGCUGCUGGUGACCCUACCCAGCCCAACCCAACCAACCCAUCCACCCACCCAGAGAGAGCGAGGCCAAUUGUGCUCUCAUGGACUCCCGGCUAUGGACAGCUGUAGCAUCACCACAGAUUGAACCCGUGAUCUCCUGAUGGAGCCAACGGUUAGACGGUUGUGCCACUUAGGAGUGCCCAUUCAUUUAUACCUUUUAAAAAGUCAGAUUUUGAUGCUUACCUAUCUUACUUUGUCUUCAUCAGUUAGCAGUGAACUCAUCAGUUUCACCAUGUAUUGAUAUUCAUCAGAUAUAACAGCUCACUUUUGCCCUUUUUAUUAAUGUUAUAACUGUUUAUGAAUGAUUUUUAAAGUGUAUGACCCACUAACUUAACUAAUAACCAUGAACAAGUUAAUUUUAAACUCAUAAUUCAUAAACACUUUAUAAUGUUAAUCUUAUUUUAAAGUGGUACCCAUAUUCACACUGUUUUAAACAGCAUGUAAUAUUUAAAUACUGCAGGUGUUAUCAUCACUUAGAAAAUCAGCAAAACCGGUAUUUUGACCAGGGAUAUUCAAACUAUUGCAUAGGACAGUAAAAAAUGUAAAAUUGAAUGCAUUUAACUAGAGUUAUUGUCAAAUGCAUAUGUAUGCUGAGAGGUCAUUUGCUUUUUCUACACUAAAACUUGAUACUUGAUAAGCUAAUCAUAAUAAUUGAACGAUUACUGACUAGCAUUUUAAGGCUUUCUAGCUAAUUAAGUUAAUGUCAUAGCCUGCGCAUCUUCUGUAGAGCUCAUCCAACCUAAUAACAGUUACUCCGAAAGACUGCUUUUGUGGACGGAGUUUGGAUAGGUCAGUUAAAAAAACCCUUCUUGAGUUGAAGUGGACUAGACAGGGAUACUCCAGAAACAGGUUUGAGGACCGCUAGGUGGUUGAGUUUACUGAUACUGUCCACUCUUGGGGCUUCAUAUAGACCCCUCAGAACAGAAUCAGCGCUACACAGAGAGAAGGUGUGGGAAGACCAACCGUGUUUGUCUGUGUCACACUGUGUGCAUAAAAUUGCCCCAAGUUCUCUUCGAAACAGAUGAAGUUCAACUCUAAAAAUGGAAAAGAAGAAUGUAGACAUCCGCUCGUGAUGGAAUGAGCACUUCCUCUCCUUUCGCAAUCACGUUGUUGGUUCUGUAUUCAGAUAAUAUAUUUAUUUAUUGGAAGAAUUUAUUGCUAUUACAAGCAGGAAAUAUAUUUAGACAAGAAUAUGUACACAAAUGUGCACAUGCGAAAUUGCCCCACAGAAAGAGGGGAAAAAAGAAUGACAGCAGACUUGGGUUUGUCUCAUGUCCGUACUUUGGGUCCGGUUCUGCCAGAGCAGCCUUGUACUACCUUUAUUCUUGGUCAUUUCACAUCACAUCAAGUGCACCAGUGCCACUAAAUUGAUUGUGCUGUGCUGUGAUGGUGUGACCAGUAGGUGUGCAAUGGGAAUCAGACCCAAAGUCACAUUCUUCCAAUCCAUCUGUUUCUAUGGUAACAAGAGACAGCUGUACAUUUAGCCUCUGCCAUGUUUUUAAAUUUGAUGUAGAAAAUUUGUAUUUAUUAUUAAUUUGUUUUGCUCAGAUUUCCAGGGCUUCUGCUUCUGCAGCCCUCGGAAAGUCCUCUGAGUGUUUAUAAAGGACUGUUUAACACAACACAUUCCCCAGUUCUGCUGCGAGAUGAGUACCAAACAAGUAUGUUUUUAAGGAAAGUGCUCUUCAUUGGCAGAAGGCAGCCUUAACUUCAAAGGAAGGCAUUUAUCUUCAGUGACUAACAUUUGUCUAUGGAUUUCAAUUAGUAAUAUUGUCGCUGUCGUGCUAAAACCUCGUUGCGUAAUUCGAAAACUCCAGUUACCUUUUGUAUUGUGUGAGUAACAGUACAACAUAGGUCCAAAAUGAAUGUUUUAUCUCCUGAUAUAAAGUUACUGUCUUGGGAUAUGAGGUUUUGUUCUGACAGCGACAAUAUUAAUGCAGUUGACGGGUCCAAAGAAGAUAAAUUUUAUACAGCAUUUCCUAGUCAGAUUUAUUAUUAACUACGGCCUUUUACACAUUCAAAUAUAUAUAUAUAUAAUUUUUAAAAAAUAUUUCAAUGCACUAGCGUGAAGAGAGAACUGGAUUUAGUCCAGAAGUCUCAAAUCCUGACCUUGAAUCCAGUUUCCAGUUCUGAAUUUUGCAUUCACUAUUAAAGGGCAAUUCCACUUUUUUCUGCAUAAUUAAAUGAUCACUAUAUACACCAAGUCAUUCAGAGUGAUUUGAUGUGAAAUUGUCCGUUCUAGAGAAACUUGCCGACUUGUUCACAGUGGUGGUGAUAGGACCCAGAUGUCAGGAGCUUUAAAUGGCCUCUGGAAGCUACAUCACAGCAAUAUAUUACAUAAAACUGAUGAAUAUGUUGUCUAAUGCCAGAGACAUAUCUAUAUUUAAUUCAUUCAUGGUGGAAAGUAGUCCUCAGAGAAAAAAUAUUUCCCCAGAUUAACAUCACCACGUAUAAAAACUAAUAGGUGUAGGUUCACUGGCCGUUUUGGAUAGUAAGUAAAAUGGCUAUGUUUGCAUUGUAGACGUGUGACCUCUGAUUCCUGCCAGCACCACUGUAAUGGUGUAGACUACAUUGUCUACAGUGGACUGACUCACAUCAAACCACUCUAAAUGACUUUUACAUCUCAAUGAUGGAGAUAUUUUGAAAAAUCUGUGGAAUUCUCCAUAACUCUCGAUGUCACUGAUUGGCAGCCUAGUGUCUUGUCUGCAAGUGAUUACCAAAUCUGAAUAAACUGAUUACAACCCGAUCCGGAUACUGGAUUCAGGUUCUGGUUUUAAAGGCUGUUGAUUUUUGCAAAGGCGUCCUGGAUUUCAGUCUCUUAACAAGUGGUCUGUUUAAGUUAUUUUAGUAUAUUUUACUGUGUUGAGUGUUAAUGACACCUAAUGAAUAGGCAGUUAACCAUUCUGGAAAGAAUGCUGUAGGCUAUGCCAUUGUAAUGGCUGCUUAGCACCAACAGCUACAGCAGUGGGCUUUGACUAAAUAGAUGUUAAUUGCUUAAUCUGGGACCACACUAGGGACUUGAUCAGUGUUCUGAUCAGUGUUUGUUGAAGUUGUUAGUUUUGUACUGAUAGAAGUGUGUGCUUUACUCUUUCUGGCCUCUUUCAGUUAAACAUUGAAGUUAUUUAAACAUAUAGGGCUGGAUUCCCAGACCCAGAUUAAGCCUAAGGCCAGACUAAAAAGACUCCCCAGUGGUGAUUCUUGAUUGGUGCUUAAUCCGUGUCUGUGAAACCAGCCUGAAGUGCGUUUAUCUGCCCUUACAAACCAUAAGCCUUGAGUGAUAUUUCCAUAGCAAGGUACAAAAACCUGUUUUUGCAGUCCAGCAAAAAUCCUGUUUUCUCCUUAUUGCAAAGCUUGUGUGUCUCUAGAUCCUGUGUGUAGAUGCAUUGUCCCAGUGUCAUAAUGGGUAAUGUCUUGGCUCAAGAGUCUGCAUUUGAGCGUUGAGUGCUUUGCACUGAAAUCACGCACAACAGUAUAAAGUCCUUGGAAGUGUAAUAUUGUAUAUAUUGUAUUAUGUAUCUUAGAGGUGUCAGUACUGGCAGCUUUUUCUUUAUUUUUUGGAUAUUUAGCUCUUAUUUUAGAGCAUGUGUAUGCUGGUCCCAGUGGGGAACCAUCAGUCUGAUGGUAAAUGCACUCACCAAAUGCAUGGAUGCCUCAUCCCACGUCUUUAUUAGAGCCCAGCCAGUAUGAAAAUUGGCACCAAUACAAAGUUUGAGCUAAAAAUGAAAAAGGAAAAGCUCGUUCUAUUGUAAGAAAAAAUAUUGCCGCUUUAUUUGUGGGAUUUUUGUCGAUGCUGAUUUUUAUCGGUCACUCUUCAUUUACAGAGUAUUGUUCGUGUACAUAUUUAGUAAUAAUCAAAGUAACGUCUCAGACUGACCUUGUAGCAAAUCAGAAGAAAUAGAACCUUUUGGCGCAUCACGAUACAGUCAUCCCCUUUACUUGUGGACCGCCUGAAUGUGUCUGAUGUGUUUCUAUGAUCUAUGCAGCUCCAUCCCAUGAUAACUAUGGGUUACUGACAGGGAUGUUGGUGGGUUUGAGAGGUUUCGGUGUUGAGGCUGGUUCAAAUGGCUUGGCAGUGGGUCCUUCCUCUGUCCGCUUCCUGUUCCCAUUGCCGCCCUUUUCCCAGACUUCUGUCCCCAAACAGCUGGGAAGUGUUGGACAUUCCUCAAAAUUCUACCGGAAUCUGUGAAUCCGAGGAAAUUUGUUUGUUUGCCUUUUGAUUAAACACUUACUGCUUUAGUGUUUCAUUCGCUAAUGCAUUUUUUAAAGCACAUUAAUUACUUUAUACUCAAAGACCCAAAGACUUCUUUUUAUAUAUUCGCUUAAACACAGUGUUGCUUGAAAACAGAUGCCACCAUAAAAAACAGCUGACAUAAAGUAGUGGAUUUAAUGUUGUUUAAAGGAAUAGCUCAAACAAACAUGCUAACAUGGCUAACAACAAGCUAGUAGCCACUAACUAGCGUGACCCGAUUUGCCUAAUUGCUAUUCAUUCAUUCACUCUUAGCAACAUUAGCUUUUCUGACCAAGCUGGCAUUUUAAGAAUGUGUUCAUCAGAAAUAGCCCUGAAUGUUUCCUUAGAUUGGAACUUUGAAUGGCCUUUUUCUGUGUGUUUUAAUGUGUGUUGAUUUUAGCUUGUAUUAAAUGCUCAGUGGCUAUGAAGCCCUGCUGUCAAAUUGCUUUUUUUUAGCCCAUGCAAUACGUAUUUAAAGUGGAACUUAAAGUAAUGGUAUGGUGGAAGUUUGACUCUACACAGUUGUACACUUUUCCCAGGUUUAGUUGAUCAGCUGAGACAUUUUGUCCAAGUUUUGCCUAGUUUAAAACUGGACAUAUGAGGCUAACGCUGCAAAAGAACACGAGUCAAUAGGCACCUAAACAGUCACCCAAAUCCUUUCAGUGAAUAUGUCCCUAAUACGUCUCACACACUCACAGGCCAUCAUUAAGGCUGGACAGACCUGUUAAUGGAGGUCUAGAACACAUUAUGAACUGCUGUGACAUGCAAAAAUGAGCAAACUUUACCUUGUUGUCGAACGCUGUGUUCAUUUAUAUAGUUCUCACUGUCGUAUUGUCCGUAACCGCCUCAGCCAGUCUGUGUGACCUUGAAUCUUGAUCUGAAUGCAGUUUGAGUGGGUUGAGAGAAGUUUUGGAGAUGUCUUCCAGAAAAGAUUUGGGUGACUACUGACUUGCAGUGCUUUUUAGCAUCGUUAACCUUGUAGCUCUUGUCUUGGCUGAGCUACAUCUAGGCUGUCAGUGGCAAAUUGUCAAAAUGUGAUUUUUUUUGCCAAACCAUUACUUUAAUGAUGGCUGUUUUAUUUAUUGUUUAACUGCACAGAACCUGAUCUUUAGUCUGAAUCUUUCUAUCUGCUGCCAGAUUGCUUUAUGCUGUACUCUGCAUGUGUUAACUAACUCCAUUUCUGUGAUUCUCUUCUGGCUCACUCUGUGAUCGAUUCAUUGUGAAACAUCCGUCUCUGCGCUGUUGGCUGUAGGAAAGUAUAAGUCAAAACUUCGUGUGUCCGUUUCAUGUUUUAUUUGCGAGUGUAACAGGGUUGCCACAACCUUCCCAAACCUGCAUUUUCACCACUGAAGAAACAGUGGACACAGCUGCUUUCUCUGCGCACAAAACCGAAAGGAAUAUUGAAUACAGAGUGCCAUCUAGAGUACUAAAGAUACUUUACAAUGGAGACCGUAAUGUAGAUGCAAAAUGUUUAUUGAUUUGUGAAAAUGCUGCUACAGUUUGUAACACUGGAGCCGGAAUAAAAAGUUAAUAAAAUUUUA